CAUGCGAAGAUCACCCCGCUGUAGCACUCGGAGGUAGCAGCGAAGCUGCAGCCAUGGCAACCUCCGGGCGCACCAAGCGUGCCGCCAGCUCUAAUGCGGGAGCCACGGAGACGCCGCAACCGACACCCGAGCCGGCCUCCACGAUCCGGGCCACGUUCCACCGCGAGCCUGCAGGCGAAGUGCCGGACGUCGACGUGGGCGAGGUGGACGUAGACAUCAGGCGGUUGUUGACCGCUAUACCACCGCUCUACAGGAUCACACGCGAGCAGGCCGCCCUACGAAGGAGGUCGGAGAGGAAGCGCAAGCACUACCUCUUAUGUGCGUUCCUACUGGUCGUGUACAUGAUAAUCCUCAUGUUGCUGCUGUUCCUCAUCCAUCCACCCGAGCCGGUAGUGCGGCGAGUGUUGGUCAAAGUCAAGCGCAAGACGACUACCACCACGACAACCAUGGCGACAACUACCGCAACCCCAACGACGACUCCCACGACUACCACACCGACGACCACCACUACUACUACUACAACAACGACGACGACAACCACUACCACCACCACCACCACGACUACAACUACUACCACAACUACUACUACUACCACCACAACCACUACAACGACAACUACCACCACCACCACUACGACGACCACCACGACUACCACGACGACAACGACCACCACCACUACUACUACUACAACGACGACCACUACUACUACUACCACAACGACGACCACUACCACAACUACUACUACCACUACUACCACCACGACUACUACAACUACUACGACCACAACUAUACCCCCGUCGAAGGCGACUACGACAAAGAGGCCCAAGAAGCUCCAGUACCCGCUGCUUUGCACCACCAGCAGCGAGGCGUACGUUGAAGCCACAGCAGACCUGCCCGCCGACGGCAUCUGCACGUUCAUCUUCUACGACUCUGCCUACAAGAACGGGGAUCACCCGUUCGUCAACAGGCCUCCGCCGCCCGGGGACGUUCCUUUCGACAUUGACUUGGGCCACUUCGCGCGGCGCCACUUCUUGUUCAUCCAGACCCUGCUGGGCAUGUCCUUCGCCCUCGACAACGGGCACCUGUUGAAGGACUACGAGACACCCGAGUUUCGACGAAACCUCGACUACACUUGGAAGGAGAAGAUAUACCAGUACGGCGUCGUAAACAUGAGGCCUCCGCACAUAACCAAAAACGACAUCUUAGACGCGCUCACCGUCAUCAAGAGUCUGGACACGUACUGGCACCUGAAGCCCAACUUCUCGGACAUCCAGCCUUCCACCGCACUGGGCAUCCCGCUGCCCGAGAACCAGUGGCCCGAACUACUGGAGCUACUCGAGACCUUCUUCACUCCGCACAUAUUCAUUGCCAUAAGCCACGUCUCCAUCGAAGAUCACAGCCUGCCGGAAUGCCUCAUUAUGCCUACCUCCAUAUACAGUUUCCCCGCAAACGUAACGGCGCGCUACUUUCAGUCCGUGAACGACUCUGGCCGGCUGCUGCAGAUGAUAUGGGACAGGGGCAUACUGUCCGCGCUCUCCUUCUCGUUCACGAUGAAGGCGCGCUGGUAUCGGCCGCGCCACCCGGACCCCAACGUCACCGCCAUCGGCAACUUCGGGCUGUUCAACCCGUGCAUGGACCCGGGCGUCCCUCCGGACAUCAGCCCCGGCAAAGCUUGCAACGUGUCCUGGACCAUUCGCAACAACUCGAGAUACGACCCUACCUACUUCGUGAGAAUCGGAUACGACAAGACCCUUGGACGCACGCUAGUCUUCGACCCUCUCACAGGCAUGAGGAUAAAGAUUUGCACCGCUAAGCGGAUCUUCUUGCGCGUGAACUUCACCGUGUCCGCGUACGACGUGGAGUACGACGUCUGGAGGUACGCCCGCUUCAAGGGCAGCGUGAAGUGCGACCACUUCAACAUCAACGGCACCAGCCAGAGGACGCAGUUCCUCGAGAACAUUCGCGGCUUCCUCAACCGCAGUUACGUAGCGGCACCGGACGUGCAAGACUGCAUCACGCAUUGGUAGGCGUCGCGGUCGAGGCGUGGGCGAAGUGGCAUCGCUGCGCUUAGAGGGCGCAGCGGUCGGCAGGGCGUUAGGCCUAGCUAGGCCUAUCAGGGUGGUUUUACGCGUAGUCUGUCACGUGAUGGUUGGCCUCGUGAUCUGAAGGCUCGGCUUGUAGGUGGUCCAGUGGGAGUUAAGGACUCCGGUAUGUGGGCAAUGCUUGAGGUCAUGCAUACUUAGCAAGGAUCGGGAUAGCGAAAAGUGGGGGAGUAUAGCGAUCGAUAUACUCGCGAUGGACAUUGUAAUCACAGGAGUACGAUGGGCUCCCUGGAAGACGUCGUACGCUCACGUCGAUACGAAUGGUGGUGAGAAAUGUGUUCAGUGGUUGGUAAGGUUGGUUAGCCAGCUGGUGGUUUGAAAAGGGACAAGACACGACGUUGCGGAUGUCAGUGGACAAUUUGACACGCAGCCACGCACCCCAAACUCCUGUCCUCGCGUGUCGUCGGCUUUCGCUACACUCGUAACAGCCGUCGUUUCCCGGAGAAAGUUUUGUCGCCUGCACGUUCACACCGCAUCGCCACGGGUGUCAGGCUCCGUGACCAGGUACGGUAGGCGCGUCACCGUGAACACGUUGGUGUUAGAUACUGACUCGGCGUGAAACCACUGCUGCGAACUAUUUUGUUUAUUUUUGCGCACACCUUACACGGUAAACCGCGUAGCAUCUCUUUAAGCUUGUACUGUUAAUUUGUUUAAUCGCGUAAUAUGAGAUUAAAAUGGACUGAUGACCCAGCG